AUGGCUGCUACCAAGGGUCUGGUGGUGUACUCUAUGGACAGUGAAAUUGCCCAGUUUUUCGAGCAGACUUCAGUGCCGCGCUCGGUCUGUGACAGCUACGCAAAGGAGGAGCUUGGUGGCGAGGUUGUUCCAGUGGCGGUGCAAGGCGUAUGCAGCUACACCGUUUAUGCAGGCCCCAAGGGCGAGUUCGUGGCCCAGUUUCGCCUCAAGUCUUUGCAGCUGAGGAUGGAAACCGCCGAGCUGGCGCAGGCCAUCUACGGCGACUUUGCGCCGCAGGUUGCCUUUAGAGGCCAGAUCGGGGAUGAUGGGGUCAAGGGGAAGGAUCCCCUGUAUAUCUAUGUCAUGAGCCGAAUGCAAGGCAUUAGUUAUUUGACUUUUCUUCUGGCGCAUAGCACUAAUAUACCGGAGAACUCGUGUAAGUUUUCGUUUUGGCGGAGGAACCUGAUCAGCGACAUUGCGAGGUUCUUUGCCCGCUCGUGGAACUCUCCCCAGACUGUCAGCCGAGAAUACCGCGAUGGUCUGCGCCGCCAGUAUGAGAAAGAAUUAGGGCUAUUGCUUGUCUCUCUCCCGGACCGCUUUCAUCCCUUAAUCCAGCAGUCCCUCGACUCACUGCCGGCCAUCUUCUCUCUCCCAAUGGUGCUGCUCCACAGAGACUUUGGGAUUUGCAAUAUCAUGGUGAACGAAGAUUCCUGCCAUCUAGUGGGCGUGGUUGACUGGGCAGAGUCGGAAAUCACGUGCUUUGGGCUGAACCUAUACUCCAUCCAACAAUUGAUAAGCACAGUUCAUCUGAGGAAUGGCUGGACGAGAUUUGCCGAUUACGGGGUCUUGGAAGACGUAUUUUGGAGCACGCUCCGUGCCGAGGCUGGAGGACUGAGUAGUGAGAUUGUCGAGAUCGUCAAGUCGGCGCGAGUGAUGGGACUGCUGUUAUCGCGUGGCUUUACCAGUCGCCUGGCCAAUAUGCCGGAGCCAGUGCCUGUACGCGAUGAUGAGGGCGGAGCGUACAAUAUACGCGACUUAGACGGACUGUUAAUCAACCCGGCGACGAGGUUUACCGAACUCGUCUAG